AUGUCUGUCCCUCGAGUCGCAAUUGUAACUGGAGCUGCUGGAGACCUCGGAAAGUACAUUUCUCUCCGUCUUGCGGAUGAUGGCCUCGAUAUCGCCUGCAAUGACCUUCCCGAACAGAGUGUCAUUCUGCAGGACUUGGUCUACGAAAUUAAGAACAAAGGACGCAGGGCGAUCUCGGUUCCCACGGAUGUGUCCAUUGAGGCUGAUGUAAAAACGAUGGUGGAGACAACUGUCAAAGAGUUGGGCUCUGUCGAUAUAUGCAUUGGUUCGAGUCCGCAUAAGCAUGGAUCAGUACUAAUAAAACCUUUUCCAGUGGAUGAACAAAUCUGGGACAAGAUUUUCUCUGUGAAUGUUAAGGGUGCACCUCUGUGCUCUGCAUAUUGUGCAAGCAAAUUCGCUGUUCGUGGUCUAACACAGACUGCAGUUUGUUUAUACCCUCUUGCCCAGCAAUGGAAUAUGCGAGAUUCGGAAUUACCGCAAAUGCUUAUGCGCCAGGAUUACUGUAAUUGGAGGCACAAAGAUGUUGCGGAUAACGCUCUUGGCCUUCCUUCCGGUGGAUUUGAAGCACAUUCACUGGCAAAUGUGAUAAAAAUGGGGAAACUUGGCCGACCAGAGGACAUCGCAGGGUUGGUAUCUUUCCUCUCAUCCAAGGACUCUGGCUAUGUCACCGGUCAAACGCAUUCUUGCGACGGUGGAAUGCACAUCGCUUAA